AUGAAUACCAAGCGAGACAUUCAACUCAUUAUUGAGGCAUGGAAUCACUUUGAAAUUUCUACAAGUAAUCGUCUUGCAGAACGCUCUAAAUUUCAUCAAUUAGAACGAGAAAACUAUCUUAAACAUGCAAGUCAGAAUUUAAUUAGAAUUUCGCAAGCAAAGCACUGGAGCAAUGUUUUCAAUAGAAAGAAAUUAGAUAAAUAA